AUGAGGGAACGGCACGUGAAAGAUUCUGACAAUGAGAGAACAGCCCUGGAUGAACUGAGGCAUUUUCUUAAAGCACUGCGCAGCUCUUACCGUCCUACUGAGCAUCAUUAUUGUGACACUCCAAAGCCACGGGAUCACCACUACCUAAACGCACUGGUGCCUGGGAUCCCUCAUCGCUCCCCCAGUACCGGAUACAGCGAGCCUUUCAACCUGUGGCUAGAGCAACUCUCCCGUGAUCCGGCGACCCAAGACGUCGGCAUCUGUUUCAUUCUCGAUUUUGGUGGCUGGUCUUUCUCCAAGAGUCUGGCAUGUGAAAUGGGCCUUGCCAAGAAAGCUAUUCGCAUACUACAGGAUGGCCUACCACUAGAGAUCACGAAGGCACAUGUUCUGAGGCAGCCAAGAGCAUUCAGCAUAUUCUUUUCAGUGCUGAAACCUUUUUUGAGCAAGGACGAAGUUUCCAGGUUCAACGUUCACGGCGAAGACUUCGAAAGCCUGCACGCUGAAGUACCACGAAGUUUACUUCCGAAAGAGUAUGGUGGCACAGCCAUAUUUGAAUUCGAAAGCCUCUGGGAUUACCUGCGGGGACCAGAGAGCUGAGAAACUAUAGUCACUGUGUAGAUGAUCAAAAACAGGCCCGACGAAAUCAGUUUGUCGCACUUUUAAAGUGUUGCGUACUGCAAGGAAGUCCGGCCCAUUAGCCUCAGGUUUUAUGUGUGAUACAACGUGUCAGUAAUGCCCUAGUCAAAAAUAUAGCUAUAAAUUUAGGCAGCAACUGACACGUUUGAACAUUUCCUUUUUAUAGAGAUUUGCUGCUAUCAGUUAUCAUGUCCAGUUCGAAUAGCAUUUCAGUGAUGCAUCGAUGACAAAUUUACAUAAUCUUGAUGCACAUUUUAUGUCGUCUAUCAUCACUUUUACUGACAUAUUACUCUAGUGCAUUUUGAUACAUCCCGUGCUGAUAGCAUGCUCAACAUAGUUGUUACGGCAAAAAUAAAAAGAAAUUAUAUACUCAUACCUCAUAUCAUUUAAGAAUCAUGGACAUAUAGCGGGCAUAGUUGCAGCCAAACCUGAAUGAUUAAAAACAACCUCGCCUCUGUUUUGAAAAGGA